AUGCCGCCGCCCAUGAGCAACCUAGACAUCAUCAAGGCAGCAGAUGCCUUCCCCUACGAAGCACAAGAGCCAGAGGCCCACACAGCCCUCACAGGCACGCUCUACACUGUAACCGGGCAGGCCGGGCAGCCCCUGGGCUACAUGCUCGCCCCAGCCGUAUCAAAGCUCCUCGCCGUCCCAGAGCACAUCCGCGGCCCCGUGACAGUCGACGAGCAGCGCCGCACCGUCCACGCCUUCGAGCAGGCCACCGAGGCGGCGCGCACGCAGGCGGUCGGCGCCGUCAUGGCCCACUGGCGCGAGAACAGGACCUUUGCCGCGCUGAGCGGCUGGCGCGACGAGCUGUGGCCUGUGUACGGUACGGACAGGGAGGUGCUGUAUAGCGCCGAGCGCAGCGGGACGGGGACUUUGGGUGUGAUGCGGUAUGGGGUGCACAUGACGGCGUAUGUACCGGACAGCAAUGCUAGUCACGGGCUGCGGAUCUGGGUCCCGCGGCGCGCGGCGAACAAGUCGACGUACGCGGGUAUGCUGGACAACAGCGUGGCAGGGGGCCUGAUGACGGGGGAAGACCCCUUCGAGUGCAUGGUGCGCGAGGCGGACGAAGAAGCAAGCUUGCCCGAGGCGGUAAUGCGCGAGCGCUGUCGGUUCACGGGCAUGGUCACGUACAUCUACAUCACGGACGAGCGGUCUGGCGGCGAGGCAGGGCAGAUAUACCCCGAGACACAGUGGGUAUAUGAUAUCGAGCUACCGGCCGACGUGGUGCCCACGCCGAAAGACGGCGAGGUCGCCGAGUUCUACCUGUGGACUGUCGAGGAGGUGCGGCAGGGGCUGGCCGCGGGCGCGUUCAAGCCCAACUGCGCGCUCAUCAUGCUGGACUUUUUCGUCCGCCACCGCAUCCUGACGCCUGAGAACGAACCGCAUUACGACGAGAUCGUCCGGCGCAUGCAUCGGAAACUCUCCUUCCCUGGCCCGCACCAAGCGGCUGUCGCCUCCUCCUGA